CUUCCGGCUUCCCUCCCCCGCCCCCGGCGCUCGCGGGGUUUCUGCGGUACCAGCCGAGCCCUGAAAAAAGCGUGUGGUCCUGUGUAACAAAAUUGACGAUUCUGUUUUUUCAAAGAACAUACUUCCCUAAUGACCUAUUAAAGAAGCAUGUAUGGUUGUUGGAGAGUCUGACUUGGGGGGAUAUAAUACUUCGGCUCUUUUGGCGAUGAAGAGCGCCGGAAGAGAGGAAAGGACGCCCAUCUUGGGAUCGGCUUCGCGUCGUUCAGUGCCCGAGUUCCCUUGGACUGGCUGACGUCCUGGGAGUUCUCCAAAGUAUCACACAGGGUUUUCGGAUCCAUGGGGGCCUGCAGGAAGAGUGCAGGUCCUACAAACAAACGGGCAGAUCUGUCUGUUUCACGGGUGGUUUCAGAAGUUGCGAAUACAAGUGGUCGUGUCAGCCUUGCAGAAAGUUGGAAGUGGCAUCUUGUGCUGCCGGAGAAUGAGUGCACCUCUUCUCAGCUGGCUGCCACCCCCGUAUCAUUCACAUCGGCCCCUGGAAGUGAAGCUGGCAGGGAGGGAUAAGAGCCUGUGCAUUUCUCACCGCUCUGGGUCUUUUGAGUCACUGGGAGCUGAGAAGGACACAUCUCAGACAGCUGGACUUCUAGUUAUAGAAAUGGGUCCCUGUCCAGUGCGUGGAUGACCCAUAUGGCAUUAACAGAGUGGUGGAUUAUGGGAGUGAGGCCUACCCAAACCAUACGGAAUAUAUAGGUGGAUGUCUUUCAGAAGCAAUGAAUGUGCCCAUAACUGACUGUAAGUGUACAAGACCUGUCUUGCACAGCCUGCUAUGAAGAGCUAAAGAAGAGCGUCUCUGGUUCCGAUAGAGGUCGCUGUCGGUAAUUUCUCAUUGUUCUACAGCUGAGUUUGAUUCUUCGGGUCUGCUGCUCUGUUGCUCCAUUCAUUCGGCCUUGGCACGGGAGAAGUGGUCGCUCACAUUGUUAAAACAAAGUCUGCCGUGUUAACCAAAAGCCGGCAGCAUGGACAGAUUAGCGCCGUUUGGAAAUGACCUUUUUGACAAGCCGCCGUGCAGGGGCUGUUCGUCCUACCUGACUGAGCCCUACAUCAAGUGCGCGGAGUGCGGCCCCACAGCCUUCCUGCUGUGCCUUCAGUGUUUCACCAGAGGCUUUGAGUACAAAAAGCACCUGAGUGACCACAAGUAUGAGAUCAUGACGUCAGAUUUCCCUGUGCUGGACCCCAGCUGGACAGCCCUAGAGGAGAUGGCCCUCCUGGAGGCCGUGAUGGACUGUGGCUUUGGGAAUUGGCAGGACGUUGCUAAUCAGAUGCGCACCAAGAGCAAGGAGGAGUGCGAGAGCCACUAUAUGAAGCACUUCAUCAACAACCCCCUCUUCUCCUCCACCCUGCUCAGCCUGCGGCAGAUGGAGGAAGCCCGGACUGCAGACACGGCCAUUCCCUUUAAACCCACAGACGACCCCCCCAGGCCCACGUUCGACUCGCUGCUGUCCAGGGACAUGGCGGGGUACAUGCCCGCCAGAGCAGACUUCGUGGAGGAGUUUGACAACUAUGCGGAAUGGGACUUGAGAGACAUCGAUUUCGUGGAAGAUGACUCGGACAUCCUGCACGCCCUGAAGAUUGCAGUUGUUGAUAUUUACCACUCAAGACUAAAGGAGAGGCAACGCAGGAAAAAGAUAAUCCGCGAUCACGGCUUGAUCAGCCUGCGGAAGUUCCAGAUGCUGGAGCGGCGCUACCCUAAAGAGGUGCAGGACCUGUACGACGCCAUGCGGCGCUUCGCCCGGGUGGUGGGGCCGAUCGAGCACGACAAGUUUAUCGAGAGCCACGCGUUGGAGUUUGAAUUGAGAAGGGAGAUCCGGAAACUUCAGGAGUACCGGCAGGCGGGGAUUACCUCUUUCUGCAGUGCCCGGAUUUAUGAGCGGGUGAAGCAGAUCCGAGAGGAGGAGCGCAGGAAGAGGACCAUGCUGUCCGACGUGCUGCAGUACAUCCAGGACAGUCAUGCCUGCCAGCAGUGGCUACACAAACAGGCUGCUAUCGACGCCGGCCUGAAUCCUGUGGUCUCCUCCAUCGCCACCUCAGUAUCAGGCAGAAGAAGUGCUCCGCCUCUGAACCUGACUGGCCUGCCAGGGACCGACAAGCUGAACGACAAGGAGAAAGAGCUCUGCCAGGUGGUUCGCCUGGUGCCUGGCGCCUACCUGGAGUACAAGGCGGCCCUGAUGAACGAGUGCCGGCGGCAGGGUGGGCUGAGGUUGGCGCAGGCCCGGUCGCUCAUCAAGAUCGACGUCAACAAGACGCGCAAGAUCUACGACUUCCUCAUCAAGGAGGGCUACAUCAACAAAGCCUGACAGCACAGAAAGGACAGGGCACUCCUUUCUCUUUCCUAACGGCAGUGCCAGGAAGCCAGGAGGUCUGAUUCGUCAUGCCUCUCCAGGUCCAGCGGUCUUCCCUCUCCGAGCUUGUUUUCCCGCACCAGGCACAGCACUCUCCACUGUGGCUCCUGAGGGCCCACAGCGGCCAGGCUGGGGUCACACUCUGAAGAAAGGAGCCUGUAGCCAGGCUCUUACUCCACAAGAGGCUUUCCUGGAGAGUGUGAAGCGAUGAGGCUUGGGCAGGCAUCUCGUGUUUGGAAUUAUCCUGCUGGUUUUGGAGAGAAAAGACCCGUUGUUGUGUUUUAUUUCCCCCUUAGUCCAACUUAUGAACUAAUUUCCUCCUCCCCCUGAUCUGCUGUGCAGUGGGGCUGCUGUGGGGGUGCCCUUCUGCAUAUUAAAGAGCUGUGGGAUGAGAAGCACUAUAUGAAUGUAAGAAAGCUUUGUUUUCCCUUGUGCAUAUUUUUUUUUCCAGAUGACGGUUUAAAAUAAUUGUAACUGUUCCAAUGUAAUGUACUGAAACAAGAACAAGGUUCCAGAGGUAACCUUAAUUCAUCGGUUCCAGAUCAGUGGUACACUGCCUUUAGGGAUCUGUACCAGGAGAGAGGGGACGGACUGGGAGAGGAGAGGCUGAUUCCUCAAAACAAAUUAAAUGUGAAUGUAUUUAUUCUUUCAUGUUCACGUCUAAUAAAGUCUUGUUUUGUAUUGCUCGAA